ACCGACGAAACAGAGACUGAAGCUGCCUUCAGCCUUAGAGCCUUGCUGAUUCACCUCGAACAGAAUGGCAAACUGUACCGUCUUUCCAAACACUAGUGACCAAUGGACACUCAUUGGAGAUCCGUUUCCCCCAUUCGACUACGUCCUUUGCCUCCUCAUCAUCAUCGGAGUCGUGGGCAAUUCCCUCGUCAUCUUCAUCAAGAUUCGCCAAGGAGGAUCGCGAAGUGGAGGUGGGGUAACGGAGACCAAUCGCCUCGUCAUUGGACUCGCCACCGCGGACCUUCUAACCGCAGUAUUUCUUAUUCCGGUCCCGGAGCUUGUGAACGUACCGCAUAACGCUGCGGGCGAGUUCUACUGUCGGGUCCUGGAGUCGAGGUUCUUGGCGUGGAUAUGUUUCAUUGCGUCGGUGUAUACUCUCACCACCAUCUCCGUGGAACGUUUCCUCGCCGUUGUCUAUCCGUACUACUACAGGAUAUGGAUCAAGAAACACCACGUGAAGUACUCAUUUCUUGUCAUAUGGCUAUCUUCUUUUGUCAUCAAUAUUCCCAUCAUCGCUUUCCAUUCCAUAGAUGGAUGUGGCAGAUGCAACUCCACGAUUCCAUCGACCCGCUCUAGACGAAUCAACGGCGUUUUCAUUUUCUUAAUCGAAUAUUUGGGUCCUCUGUUCAUUAUGACGUACACGAGUGUAAGGGUUUUGAUCGUUCUUCGAAGGAGUCGGAUCAAGGGCGUGGAUGAAAGUGAUAAAUCUCUCAAGAGGCAAUCGACGCAGCUUGAUAUGUAUGGAACGCGGAAAGGCUAA